UUCGCUGGUUUUCUAUGGCAAUUGAGAGUGCCAGAGCGAAACUAUGAAAUCAGUCUGUGAACAGGCGCUGAGCACUGCACAGCCUUUAAUUUUUGCCGUAACUCGUUGUUCGUUCGUGACGUUCAAGUUGAUUAAAAAGCGCUAAAAAUUUCAAUCUGUUUUGAAAACGUUUUAAUUUGUUAUUUGUUUGUUUGUGUUUUCUCGCAUUAAACCGACAACAACAAGAAUACUACAACAACUAACGUAAAAGAAAAAAUAAAAUAUUUUUGAAAAAAUAUAAUUGAUUUGAAGCUGAAACAAAAUCAUCAUCACCAUUAUCCUCAAAAGCCCAUCAUUGGAUAAAACAAAAUAAAAAAGUCGUCGGAAUAAAUAACUCAACUCAAAUGUAGAUUUGUGAGUGUUAAUAUUUCAAGAGAAUAAAAAAAGAGAAAAAUUUACAAAAAAGAAAAAAAAAACUCUUACAAAAGAAAUUUGAAAAAACUUGGCAACCCUAAAAUUUGACAGCAAGAAAAAAUUGAAAAAGAAAAAUCAAGAAGACCAAAAAAAAAGUCAUUCACAACAAAGAAAUAAAGCAAUUGAAAACUCACAGAGAAUGUUGAACUACCAAAAUCGGGAUUAAUCUGGAGAACAUCAACAAAGGACUUGGAAGCUGAAAUCUUGCCCUCAUCGACAUCAAGAAACAAAUCUCUAUUUAGUCCUCCCUCCACGUUUUUCGUCAUCCCUAUAAUCUUCAACUAUCUCUCUCUGUGUGUGCGUGCGUUCUUUUCGCACUCUCUCUCUGUCUCAUCAAAAUAUCCUAUACCCCGCCCGGACCCCAGACAGUGAUUUUUGGCCAGUAUCCAUUACCCAUUAUCCGCCUCCAUCUAUCCAUCCAUACAUCAUCAGCAACUAGACGGCAGCUUUUCUUUAUGUAAGAAACAUACCUAAAUAGACUGUCCAGCGGUGUUUUAUUGCUAAACCCAAAAGUAAACCAAAAAAAAAAAAAACUUACAACAACAAAAAGCUAGCCCAACACCAAGAAAAGGAAAUCUAAGCUAGCCAGCUAUCCCCCCUCCAAGAAUACAAAGCAGUCACACAAACUCCCCUCUCAAAAAAAAAAAUGGCCGCUAUGGUUAAUAUGACCAGCCUAUUGAAUGGCAAAGAUUCACGUUGGCUCCAGCUAGAAGUAUGUCGUGAAUUUCAAAGGAAUAAAUGUUCCCGCCAAGAUACCGAAUGUAAAUUUGCCCAUCCGCCUGCAAAUGUUGAAGUGCAAAAUGGCAAGGUGACCGCCUGCUAUGAUAGCAUUAAGGGUCGUUGUAAUCGUGAUAAACCGCCUUGCAAAUAUUUUCAUCCUCCACAACAUUUGAAGGAUCAAUUAUUGAUAAAUGGCCGUAAUCAUCUUGCCUUGAAAAAUGCUUUAAUGCAACAAAUGGGUAUUGCGCCAGGACAGCCGGUUAUACCAGGACAAGUGCCAGCAGUGGCAACAAAUCCUUAUUUGACUGGCAUACCUGCUAACACAUACAGUCCAUAUUUUGCACCUGGUCAUUUAGUGCCUGCCUUAUUGGGACCCGAUCCAUCGGCCGUUGCAUCACAACUGGGACCCGUUGUACCGCAAGCGGUGCAAGUGGCACAACAGAAAAUACCACGUUCCGACAGAUUAGAGGUUUGCCGUGAGUUUACGCGCGGUGCUUGCAAACGUGCCGAGUCUGAAUGCCGUUUUGCACAUCCGCAGGACACUGUGGCCCGACACGAUGAUGGUUCCAUUACGGUGUGCAUGGACGCCGUAAAAGGUAGAUGCACACGUGAUCCCUGCCGCUAUUUUCAUCCCCCCUUGCACCUACAGGCACAAUUAAAAGCGGCGCAUUCACGCGCCACCGCUGUUGCUGCAGCCGCUGCGUCGCUACAACAGCAACAACAACAGCAGCAGGCCCAGCAGCAACAUCAUCAACAGCCAGCUAUGGCUAAUGCUGCAGCAGCAGCUGCUGCUGCCAAUGCUGCAGCUGUGGCUGCCAUGUCUUUGGGCCAACAACAACAUACCCUUGAAGUGGGCAAGAAACGUGCCGCCGAUACAGACAUGUUUCAAUUGAUGGAUGUAAAAGCGGUUGGUUCAUUUUACUAUGAGAAUUUCGCUUACUCUGGCAUGGUACCAAUUAAACGUCCUGCUGCUGAAAAAUCUGGCAUUCCUGUGUAUCCCGGUGCAACAACCUACCAGCAGUUAAUGCAAUUACAGCAGCCAUUUGUACCAGUCUCAUGUGAGUAUCAAACUCAAAAUAGCACAAGCUCUUCUACUACUGCUACUCCUACUACUACUACUACUAUUACUACCAAUUGUAAUACUACUACCAAUACAAAUAUUAUCAAUUGUAAUUCAACUACUACUACUACUGCUGAUGCUAAUGUUGCUAGUGCUGCUGCUGCUGCUACAUCAGCAACAUCAAGUACAACAUCGACAACAACAGCAACACCAUUAUUAGGUGCUAAUUUAACACACCAACACCAACAACAACAACACCAAUAUCACAUACAACAAUUACAACAACAACAACAGCUGUAUUUACCAACAUCAAACACCCAAUCAUCAUCUGCCUCCGCCAUGUCGUCCUCACCCAACUCUUCCUCCGGUCCAACAUCCCAGUCCUCCACAACUGGGUCAAAUGGCCAAACAUUGUUGAAUACCAAUACCAAUAUUCCCCCACCACCACCACCCCAACAACAACAAUCAUCCUCCCAAUCCCUAAACAGCAACAACACAUUUUCAAACACCAACAACAACAACAGUAAUAGUAAUAAUAAUAGUUAUAAUGAAAUGUCGACAACAACAACAACACCACCACCAACAACACCAACUACUGCUAGUUGUAGUAACAAUAGUAAUUUGACAUUGAAUGCUAGCAGUAACAACAAUGACAACAAUUUGAAUUCUAGUAGUAGUAAUGAAAACAACAACAACAACAACAGUGAAAACAAUCACAACAACAACAACAAUAAUAGUAAUAAUAACAAUAAUUGUCUAUCGUAUGCUAAUAAUAAUUUAAACAAUAGCACUAGUCUUAAGUUGAGUCCCCAUACCAAUAGCACUUCUAAUACAACAGCUACAGAUGGAACAGCCUCCCCCUCGUCCGCAGCAGCAGCAUCAGCAGAAACUGCUAAUUCAGAUUCGUGUCAGGUUCAGAACAACACGAAUUCCAAGUCCUUAGAAAGCUCUGCCCACAACGACCUCAAGUUGUCUCCAUCUAAAACUACCGCUGCUGCUGCGGAUGGUCAUUACAACAGCUAUCGUAACCCAGAGCAGCAUGACAACGACAUUAAGCCAACUGAGGGCAUUACUACAUCCUCAGCCAUGACAUCACAAGCUAAUACUCACCACUCAGUCUACAUGAAUGGCAGUGCCACUCCCUCUAAUGACUCCAGCAAAUCACCGUCCAACAAGGAAGGCCUCAAUGGCCAUCUUGAGUCUUCUAAUGCGAUUGAACAAAGUGCAGCCACCAGCAGCCAUGCAUCGACACCUUUGCAAAAUGGCUAUGCAACCACAAGCACUGCUGCCAGCCAGUCCACAGGCAUUUUGCCCACACCCCCAUUGCCGGCCGCCAGUUCAUCGGUAGUCACAAAUGCCUAUCAGGCCCAGCAGAAUAUGCAACGUUUGUAUCAGCAAUCAUACAAUGCUGCUGUGGCAGCUGCAGCCACCUCCUCUGCCUCGCCCUACAGCUCGGCAAUGGCUAGCUAUGUCAACUCUUUGCCAGCGUCCACCAGUGCAACGGUGGGUCACUACACAUCACAAGCUAUCACAGUACCUUCGUAUUCCACAGCCUAUGGCUACAGUGCUUAUCCCAGUGUCAGCAGCAGUGCCUCGGGUGCCUAUUAUGCUGAUGCUGCCGCUCUGGCCAAGGAAGUGGCUCAAAAGAAUUAUGCCAAUGCUGUCAAGGUGGCAAAUGCCAGUGCUACUUCAUUGACCGGCAAACCCUUGACAGCGGCCGCUGCUCCAGUGGCCUAUCCCAAUUUGACCUUUAACAAGGCCUUUAUGACGGGUCACAAUACCGCUGUGCCACCGCCCAAUAUGAUGGCCCAACAGGCGGCCUUUAUGCAGGCUCAUGCCGCCCAACAGCAAGCUGCUGCCGCUGCAGUGGCAGCCCAAAUGCGUAGCCUUAGCUCUUUGCCCAAUUCAGGUCUAACCAGCCAGGUGGGGACACCAGUUCAUGGUGCCAGCAAUGCUGUUACGCAAGCUGCUCUACUGCAAAGGCCUCCAACGGCUGCCACAAGUUAUAUGCAAGCUGCUGCAGCUGCGCAAAAUGCUGCUCUCAUGCGUGGCCAGCCCAUGACCAUACAGGCUGCUGCCCAAUCACAAUAUGCCGCCCAAAGCCAAUAUGCCCAAGCCCAAGCUCAAUAUGCCGCCUUGCAACAACAGGCUCAGGCCCAAGCCCAAGCUCAGCAACAGCAGCAGCAACAACAGGUCCAAGCCCAACAGCCGGCUUAUUUUAUACCCGGCAUGAUGCCGGGUUAUCCAUUUGCCGCCAUGGGAGCUUUGCCAGCCGCAGCAACAGCCCUACCAGCCGGUAUUAGUGCACAUCCCGCCGCCGCUCAAUAUGCUGCAGCAGCUGCUGCCUCAGCCACAACGGCUGGUGCCAACAGCGCUUUGGUCUUAAAUCCCUUUAAGAAAAUGAAAACAUCCUAAGAAGGAUGCAGCUGAAAGCUUUACAACGACUUAGAACAAGAAGCUAAACACACAACGAAUCAAAGCUUUCCUCAUUAAGAAAGUUGUUCGUUUAUUUCUAAAAAAAGAAGAGAAUUCACACUCUCUCUUUUUUCUCUCAAUACUCUCUUUACAAUUUAAUGGAGUAUCACAAAGCUUUGGGAGAGCCAGAGAUCAUGGUCGCCCCGAAGCUUUACAUUUUACUUUAUGUAAUAAUGUACUUAAUUAUGUUAAAUAUACAUUAGUUCACAUUUUUUUUGACGAACACUAACAAUAACAACAAUUUGUGCCUAAGUUUCAAGGAAAAGUUAAAGAAAUUUUUAAUGGAAAUUAUUUUAAUUUUCAUGUUGCGUUAUUAAUAAUUUUUUUUCGAAAAAAUACAAACAAAAGUGAAAAGCUUUUGAAGAAAUAUAAUACCAAUCCCGCCUUAAACCCGAAAUCAAUGAUAACCCAACUUUUUCGACUUGAAUGGUUUCUGAUUCAAAAUCUUUAAAUGUCAUAUCUAACGAACUCUCUCUCUCUCUCUCUACCCAUCUUUCAAUAUUUUUUAUUACCUUGCAAAGUUCAGGUUCCCAAAAUCCCAUCAUUUUUAAUGUCCUAGUCUACAAGCUUCUUAACAU